UUUGUCCCUCACGGGCCGCCGUGUGCCGGGUGCGCUUCGCUGCCGCGCUCACCGCCUGCUCGUCUCGUCCGCCGCCCGGCCCGGCCCGGCCGCUGCCUCGCCAUGAGCGACAAGGGCGAGCUGGACCUCACCGGCGCCAAGCAGAACACGGGCAUGUGGCUGGUGAAGGUCCCCAAAUACUUGUCACAACAGUGGAGUAAAGCUUCGGGAAGAGGUGAAGUGGGAAAACUAAGGAUUGUCAAAAAUCAAGGAAGAACGGAAGUGUCAUUUACUUUGAAUGAAGAGCUUGCAAGCAUCAGUGAUAUUGGAGGAAAGCCUGCUUCAGUCAGUGCACCAAGGGAACAUCCAUUUCUUCUGCAAAGUGUGGGAGGACAGACCUUAACAGUGUUCACAGAAACUUCAGUAGAAAACCAAUCAGAAGAAAAAUCAGAGAGUGGCAGUGCUGAUAAACUUGCUUUGGAAGGAAUAGUGGUGCAACGUGCUGAAUGCAGACCUGCAGCUAGUGAAAAUUAUAUGAAGCUGAAAAGAUUACAGAUAGAAGAAUCUUCUAAACCUGUAAGGUUAUCACAGCAGCUGGACAAAGCUGUAACCACAAACUAUAAACCAGUGGCUAAUCAUCAGUAUAAUAUUGAAUAUGAGAAGAAGAAGAAAGAAGAUGGAAAAAGAGCUCGAGCUGAUAAACAACAAGUGUUGGACAUGCUUUUCUCAGCCUUUGAGAAACAUCAGUAUUACAACAUUAAAGACCUGGUGGACAUAACCAAACAGCCAGUGAUAUACUUGAAAGAAAUUUUGAGAGAAAUAGGCAUCUACAAUGUGAAGGGGACCCACAAAAACACAUGGGAGCUGAAGCCAGAAUACAGACAUUACCAAGGAGAAGAAAAGAGUGAUUAACUAAAAUAUUUAUGAUGAAAGAGUGAUUGCACUGAGGGAUCUGUGGUAUUUACAGACAGGACUGAGCACAGUGCAAUUCUGCAAGGAUAAAAAUAAAUUAAAGCAGCUGAUACUUUGUAAUUUUCUGUAGCUUUUUUCCCCCAAGGAAUAUUUCUUGUAUGUUUCUAUAUAUGCUUUGUCUUUUGACAGGAAAAGUUUAUAGAAUAAACUUGUAUUAGAUUUAUCUUUAUUAGAAA